AUGCAAGAUGGUAGAGGUCGUCUAAUUCUUCGUAUUGAUAACGCAAGCCUUUCGGAUGCUGGACAUUAUAGAUGUCAUGGUGAUGUCAACACACAGGAUGCUUUUCUUAGUGUCCAUCCGAAAGAACAUUUCGCUGUUAAUCAUACCAAUGGCCUUCCAGCCGUGCCGCUUGCUGCUGGUAUGCUCAAGUUUUUUAGGAUGUUUCCAUCUGACCGUGCUGACGAGGUUAUCCUUUACUGCCCUCUAACAAAUGCUCAACAAGUUCUUGCCUGGGAAUGGCGUGAACCAAUUCCACCCGAUUCAGAACUGGCUGCCGUUCUUCCAAGAGAUGCGAUUCCGAGUAGAACAGUUUCCUUCAACGAAUCCGGAAUUUUCUCUAAUGAAAAUGUAGAAAUUGGGCCUGGUCUGGCAUGGGUUCGAAUCCUCGACCCAUUUUCUCCAGAGGCACCAAACAAACUUUGGUGUAAAUUUGAAAUGCAGGAUCUGUGGCAUAGCAAGCGAGGACAUCCCUCCUAUUAUGAAAUACACUGGACGCUUUACGAGCCUAUCAAUGUCAAGGUAAUGCUCCACAAUUCCUCCUCUGAGCCCCUUUUCUACGACCAAGAGACACGUGGCAAUGGCGUCGACUAUUCAGCCAUCUACGGCAGUCUGGGGCUGGAGCGCGAAAGCUCUUCUCACCGGGACCGAAUGGCUCUUCUCGCUGAGCCCAAACCGCGUCUGAUCGAGGGCUAUCCGGCGCGCUUGGCCUGCGUCUACAGGCCCAUUCACGGCUCCCAAUCAGCCGGCAGACCGGUGCAAAUCGCCGCCUGGUUCCGCGGUGAUGACUAUCGACCACUGCCACAGCCUCCCUUCCACGUAAACAAUACGCAGGAGGAGGGAGUGUCGUGGUUAACCGUGCGCGCAUUUCCCCUCAACCUAGCCGAGGAUCAGCCCUCGUUCGAGCAGGCAGAACAGGUGCCUUAUGAAAAAAUCACCUGUGUUGUGAACAGUCUAGUGGAUGAGGAGAACAAUUACACUGUAACUUCUAAUGCCAGUCUGGUCCUUGAAGUUAUUCGCCAGCCUCGAAUUAUUGCGACCCAAGAAAUGUCUGCAGAGGUCUCUCUUGGCGACUACGUUCAGCUAACAUGUCUUGCCAUCGCAAACGGGAGGCCCAACAUAUCGAUUGACUUCAGCUCGAAAGUGGGCAGACGUCCCUGGGGGUUCCUCACUUCUGCUGCCGAGUCUCAAAGCGAUCCCCUGGAAACUGGUAGUCCUGAAGACGUUCAAACCGCCGGCUGGAGUCCGCUUGUUGAGUCGUACCGGCUAAAGCUGCACCAGCCUCAGGCCGACCCUCAGAAGCCCAUGCUGCAUAAACUGGUUGUCGAUGUUCGAGGGGCCCUACGAGAGCAUCACGGCGUGUACCGAUGUCGAGUAACCAACGCUGCCGGCCAAGUGCAGCACAUUGGACAUCUGCGUGUCCGGUCUGAGCCCAGCCUCACCAUUCAGCCGCAUCAAUCGACGUACUUUCUCACCCGACGCCCGCUGAUUAUCUCAUGCCUGGUCACCGGGUACCCGUUAGCCGGCACCAACCUGACGGCGCACAUGUUAGCCAAUGAGGAUGGGGAUGAACAAGCAAUGGCUGAUGAACCACAGGUGCGAAAGCACUUAGCCGAAGUUGAGCGUAAUUCGCCUGUGCGACUGAUGGUUCUCAAAGCCAACAGACUCCGUGAGCCCUUUGUCUCCGUUAAAUUAACGGACAUCCGCGCUGGAGUGUACGAGGGGUAA